AUGCUUCAGGAUUACAACUCCGAAUCAGCGAAUGUUUCUGAAACAGCAAAUGUGAUGGUACAAAUACAACUCAUAGAUUACAUUAACCAAGGACUUCAACUUCCAAAUGGACACACUUGUGUUUGUCCAAGUGAAUUCUCUUGCAGUUAUCUUGGUAGCUCUGUUCCACGAUGUUAUAUGUCAUUUACAGUCAUUCUGUUAUCAGCAGAUGAAUCGAUAAAAUACUUCUCAACUGAAUUUACGCCUUUAACGCCUUCUGGAAACAUUGAUAUCGACAGCAUGUCACCACAGCAAAAACAAGCUUGGCAACAGCCCCAUACAUUCUAUCUCACUUCAAAACCGUCAGCAAUUGAUGUAUUCGUUCAUCAUUUGGGCGUCGUUAUUAAUGCGUACACAGGUGAGCUGACACAGAUUCAAACAGUUGUCCAUGUUGAUACUUUUAUUCUAUCGCUGAAUUCUGUGACACCGUCUAUUGGAAAUACUCAUUUAUCUAUGCAGUCACGAAAUCUUCGUGGUGUUAUUCUCCAAACGCAAUUAACAGUUGCAUAUUCAAUACAGUGCAGGAGUACUUUAAUCGGACAAAACUGUGAUUUAACUUGCAAAGAAGCAGUGGCUAAUACAGCAAUAGCAGUAUGCCAGUCUAAUAUAACAAACUUUUUCUAUACUUGCACUUAUAUGGAAAAUGGACAAGUCCAAAACUGCCUUUCAUGUCCAUGGGGAAUUACUCAAGGAUCAUACUGUCAAAAUUCGAAUGGCGGCAUUCUUGCUCCUUCUGUUGCAGAUGUGGUGUCGUCCAGUUUUAAAGUCGCAACAAUAGUUCUCGGUGUCUUUGUCGGUAUUCUGCUUAUUCUCCUUAUUCUCAUCAUAUUCUAUUCUAUACUAAUGGGUAGACGAUUGAAAGGGAGUGUACACUCCUACAAUAACGCAACUUCCAGGCAUAAUUAUAGGUCAACACUAAGAUCUGAAGGCACCGCCAAUCGUCCACUGUUGCAAUCGACUAAUAAUGAGUCACGUAACCAAGUUAAACGUGCACCAACAGCUGCACCGUGUUCCAUUCCGCAGCUUGACGCUCUACCAGCUAAGUCAUCUCUUCGGAAGGCGGCACUAUUACCACCGGCGCAACUUUAUUGUGUCCCAUCCCUUAAUGAUACGUUGAACAGUACCCUUUCUAGUGUGCCUUUACCACCAAGUAAGGAAGCAGAUGUCUGA